CUUAGAAAAGAGGCCGUACAGUGGUGAACUUCGAAAACAAGAUGACCAAGCUUACUAUCCUAGCAGGCUUGUGCCUGGUGAUGUGCCAGCUGGCAACUGCCUCUCAGAUGGCGUGCUACUUUACCAACUGGUCCCAAUAUAGACCAGGGACUGGGAAAUACACACCCCAGAACGUAGAUCCCUUCCUUUGCACCCAUUUGAUUUAUGCUUUCUCGAUAAUCAACAACAACAACGAGUUGGUCACCUAUGAAUGGAACGAUGAAACCCUGUACAAGGCCUUCAAUGGCCUCAAGAGCAAAAAUCCUGCCCUGAAGACAUUGCUGGCUGUUGGUGGAUGGAACUUUGGCUCAUCUAGGUUCUCCAUCAUGGUCUCUACUCCAGCCAAUCGUCAGACCUUUAUCCAAUCUUCUAUCAAAUUCCUGAGGAGACAUGGAUUUGAUGGUCUGGAUCUGGACUGGGAGUAUCCUGGUUCUCGAGGGAGUCCCCCACAGGACAAGAAUAGAUUCAGUCUGCUCUGCAAGGAACUUGUUGAAGCCUAUGCAGCUGAGGGCAAGGCCACCGGUAGAGCUCCUCUCAUGCUGACUGCUGCAGUGUCUGCUGGAAAGGGAACCAUCGAUGCUGGAUAUGAGAUUGCUGAGAUUGCCAAGCACUUGGACUUCAUUAAUGUGAUGACAUAUGACUUCCAUGGAACUUGGGAGCGAACCACUGGACACAACAGCCCCCUGUACCGUGGCUCACAAGACAAUGGUGACCUCAUUUACUUCAACACGGACUUUGCCAUGAAGUACUGGAGAGACAAUGGCACCCCAGUGGAUAAACUGAGAAUGGGAUUUGCUACUUAUGGUCGUACCUUCCGCCUGACUUCAUCAAGCACUGGCAUUGGAGCCCCAGCUAGUGGUGGUGCAGCAGCUGGUCCAUUCACACGUGAAGCUGGAUUCUGGUCCUACUAUGAGAUCUGCAGCUUCCUGAAGGGCACUACAGUUCAGUGGAUUGAUGACCAGAAGGUUCCCUUUGCCAGCAAGAACAAUGACUGGGUGGGAUUUGACAACAAGGAGAGCUUUGAGAUCAAGGUCCAAUACAUGAAGAGCAUGCAGUUUGGUGGUGCAUUUGUGUGGGCACUGGAUCUGGAUGACUUUACCGGAGAGUUCUGUGGACAAGGAAGCUAUCCUCUCUUGUACCAUCUACGCAAACUCGUCAACAGUGAUAUGCCUCCACCUCCCAUAACCACAACCAAGAAACCUGGCAUUAAUACCACAACCAAGAAACCUGGUGUUAAUACCACAACCAAACCACCCGUACCUGGACAAGAGUUCUGCGAAAACAAGGCUGAUGGCAUUUAUGCCAACCCAGAUGAUCGGGCCAGCUUCUAUGAAUGUGCAGGUGGCAAAACCUUUAAGAAGAGCUGUGGAGGUGGCACUGUCUUCGAUAUCAACUGCAAGUGCUGUGUGUGGGCUUAAGUGGACAAAUUCCAUUCAAAAUUGAAAUUGAAUUCAAAGUACUCUGUGUUCCACCAAAAUAAAAGUAAUAUAGCAAGUC